AUGUUUUCCACUUUCAAUGGUGAGCUCACAAGUAAUGGUGGUGUUGGAGAUACCACUUUGCGAUUGGAUUGCUUUGGCUAUGGGAGACAUGAAACUGCCAUAUUUUAUAACAGUCAAACUAAGAGUGGAGGUCAGGGCAGUUACAAAAAUUCUCCAGAUGAUGGGUGCAAGUUAGUGCUUGGGUUGGGUCCACCGCCCAGCACAUUCUCUGAUGAUUAUUCAACUGCCGCAGGCAACAAAGCCAAAGGACUGGCGCUUGAUCGAGGAUUGUUAUCUGAGCAUGAUUCAAUUCUAAAACUAGGCCUGGCCGGAGUCACUGAUGAAUCUUCGAAUGUACUUCAGUUUUCAGCUUCUACGCUGAACACUUCUGAUGCCUCUCCAGAUGACAAUAGACUUGCAUUCCCAGUUGUUGACGAGGGUUCUACAUCAGCCAAGAAAUCGGGUGGCUAUUUGUCAAGAUUUGUUUUGACCCCAAGGAUGGAUAAUACUGAGAUUUUAAUGACGACAAAUAAAUUUUUAGAUUUCAGUGCUAAAUCUGGUUGCCAACUUUCUCAGUUUAGUUCACAACCUUGUGCUGUUUCAAAUUAUUCUGUAAGUACCGUGUCUGAGCUUUCAAAGUCUGCAAUCUCUUCAGAUCAAAGAACCAGCAAUACAAAUAGAUGCAAGUUUGUUGAAUGUACAAAAGGAGCACGUGGGGCUACAGGUCUUUGUAUUGCCCACGGCGGUGGAGAGAGAUGCCAGAAACCUGGAUGCAACAAAGGGUCCGAGAGCCGUACAGUGUACUGUAAAUCCCAUGGAGGAGGGAGGAGGUGCCAGCACCUGGGAUGCACUAAAAGUGCAGAGGGGACAACGGAUCACUGCAUUGCACAUGGCGGUGGAAGACGGUGUGGAUAUCCAGGAGGGUGCACCAAAGCAGCACGUGGCAAGUCUGGUCUUUGCAUCAGACAUGGUGGAGGGAAAAGGUGUAAGGUGGAAGGGUGCACUCGUAGUGCUGAGGGACAGAUUGGCUUGUGCAUCUCCCAUGGUGGUGGUCGGCGCUGUCAGUUUCUGAGUUGUACCAAGGGCGCGCAAGGGAGCACAGUGUAUUGCAAAGCACAUGGUGGUGGAAAGCGAUGCAUAUUUGCAGGGUGCACCAAAGGUGCCGAGGGGAGUACACCUCUCUGUAAAGGGCAUGGUGGCGGAAAGCGCUGCCUCUUUGAUGGUGGUGGGAUAUGCCCAAAAAGUGUGCAUGGAGGUACAAAUUUCUGUGUUGCCCAUGGUGGUGGAAAGAGGUGUGCCAUUCCAGACUGUACAAAGAGCGCGCGCGGAAAAACUGACUACUGUGUCAGGCAUGGAGGCGGCAAACGUUGUAAGCUCGAAAACUGUACAAAGAGUGCUCAGGGAAGUACGGAUUUCUGCAAGGCCCAUGGUGGUGGAAAAAGGUGCAACUGGGGCAAGGGAAAAUGUGAAAAAUUUGCUCGGGGAAAAAGUGGGCUUUGUGCUGCACACAGCAGCCUGCUUCUGGGGCAAAAGACAAGCAGAGGAGGAAUGAUCGGGCCGGGACUCUUUCACGGUUUGGUGUCUGCCACCUCUAAUGCACGGAAUAGCUUCGAUAACACUUGUUCAUCAUCUGGAGUGAGUGUAAUCUCAGAUUCUUUCGACUCAUUCAAGAAGCCAGCCAAAAGACAGCAGCUUAUUCCUCCUCAGGUAUUGGUUCCUUUGUCGAUGAAGGCCUCAUCGUCUUACUCAAGACCAGCAGGUUCCCAGAAGCAAGAGGAAAGGAGCAGUCAGGUUAGCAUUGGCAGCAGCGAUAACACAAAGAGCUUCAGUUUUGUGAUUCCAGAAGGGAGGGUCCAUGGCGGUGGAAUCUUGUCCUUACUAGGGGGAAAUCUGAAGAAUAGGAUUUGA